AUGCCUAAAUCUAUAGAAGAAUUCGAAAAAUUGAAAGAUAUGUUUAAUUAUAUUAAAUAUCAAUACGAAAAAGGUGAUAAUCAAAGAUUACAUGCUCAGGUCAAUUUACAAGCUCAUAAAGCAACAACAAUGAAAGCAAUCAAAAAAAAAUUAAACGAUAAUACAUUACAUCUUGAAAAAACACGUGGAACAUUUUGUGAAGCUGAUGAUUAUUGUGGAAAAAUAUACAACAGGUGUAAGAUACAUAAAUCAUGCAAAUGUGAUUAUUUUGAUAUUGAAAAAAUAUGCGAAUUAUGUAAUAAAGAUUGUGUACGUUCGUUAGCUCGUUGGGACGACAUGGAUUUUACCAAAGAAUAUCCAUUCACUUUUGGUGAUCCAGUACAUCAUAGAGCAUUAACUGAUAAAAAAAAAGAAAUAGCAAAAAUAGAAAAAAUUAAUAUCGAAUCAAUUCCUGAAAUUAGACCAGUAUCAGAAGAUAUUAUUAGAUCAACAACAAAAAAAACAUAUACAACACAAUAUAAACCAUCUGAUUUUAUUAUCCCAUCUAAUCUUCAACAAUGGGUUAACGAAAAUAUUUUAACAAAAAAUAAAGAAAGAUAUAAAUCUUUAUUGUUAAUUGGAAAAUCUCGAAUAGGAAAAACAGAAUUGAUGAGAACGUAUGGAAAACAUGUAUAUUGGUGUAAUACACACAAUUUAGCAACAUGGGACGAUGAUGCAGAAUAUGUUAUUUUGGAUAAUUUCCAAUGGAAUUUUAAUAAAGGAGAAUAUAAAACUACAAAAUUUGACACAUAUAAGGGAAUGAUUGGAUGCCAAAAACAAUUUGAAAUGACUGAUAAAUACCAACCCAAAAAAACUAUAAAUGGAUCUAUUCCAUGUAUAAUACUUUGUAAUCCAGACCAAAAUCUAUUAAAUGCGUUAGAUAAUAAUCAAAGAAAAUGGUUUAAUUUAAAUGUUACUAUAAUAGAUUUAAAAGAACAAUCAUUAAUUCCUAUACAAUCUUCAAAACAUAGUUUAGAUAUAGAUAGUAAUAAUGAAUCGAAUAAACGAAUUAGAAAAUAA